UUCCAUUUUCUUUUUCACAUACCAAAACAACAAACCAACCUCAAAACUCAAAAUCAAUGGCACCACCAAGCUUCUAUUCACACCUCCUCCUCAUAAUUUGCGCCACCGUCUUGUUAACACUAACGAUUUCACCACCGACAGUAGAUGCCGGAGGAUUCAACUUCGGAAUGGAAUGGAUUCACCAAACCAAAACAACCUGCGAAGGUUCCAUCGCCGAUUGCAUGUUGCAACAAGGUGAAGAAGAGUUUCAGUUUGAUAACGAGAUCAACAGGCGUAUUUUAGCAACAACAAAGUACAUCAGCUAUGGUGCGCUUCAGAGGAACACUGUGCCAUGCUCUCGCCGUGGCGCUUCGUACUACAAUUGCCGUCCCGGUGCUCAGGCCAACCCUUACAGCCGUGGAUGCAGCGCUAUCACGAGGUGCCGGAGUUAAUUAAUUAUUAUUUUUCUUCAAUUUUUGAAAAAAAUAAUAAUUAUUAAUUAAUUCAGUUUGGUUGUGAAUUUUUAUAUACUUUAAUAUUGGACGUUUAAUCCAUUUUAUUUGUGGGUCACUGUUGUGAGUUGUGACUCUUUUAUGAAAAUACUCUGUUAUUUACCGUUGUUGAUUAUUGUUAAUUAUGUUAUUAUCAAUUAAUUAUUUAA